AUGGCUGCGCCAAUAGAAAUCCCGCUCAGGGAUACGGACGAGGUCAUCGAACUCGAUCCGGAACAACUUCCCGAAGGCGAAGAAGUGCUUGGUAUCCUGCGGCAGGAGCGUUCGCAUCUCAAUACCUGGGUUACGAUAGCGUUGGCGUAUUACAAGCAAAACAAAACGGAUGAUUUUAUCAAAAUCCUGGAAGCGUCCCGCCUGGACGCCAACAUUAACUACCGGGACUUUGAGAAGGACCAGAUGCGUGCGUACGACAUGCUGGCGGCGUACUACGUGCAGGAGGCGAACCGCGAGAAGUCGAAGGACAAGAAGCGUGAUCUCUUCCUCAAAGCCACGCUGUUGUACACAACGGCGGACAAGAUCAUCAUGUACGACCAGAACCAUCUGCUCGGACGGGCGUACUUCUGUCUGCUAGAGGGCGACAAGAUGGACCAGGCCGAUGCACAAUUUAACUUCGUGCUAAAUCAAUCCCCGUCUAACAUACCGUCGCUGCUCGGUAAGGCGUGCAUUGCGUUCAACAAGAAGGACUACCGGGGAGCGCUUGCGUUCUACAAGAAGGCCCUUCGCACCAACCCGAACUGUCCGGCGGCGGUACGGCUCGGCAUGGGGCACUGCUUUCUGAAGCUAAACAACGCGGACAAGGCAAAGCUGGCCUUCCAGCGGGCGCUCGAUCUCGAACCGCAGUGUGUCGGAGCGCUGGUUGGACUGGCCAUUCUGAAACUGAAUCUACACGAACCGGAAUCCAACCGGAUGGGUGUGCAGAUGCUGUCAAAAGCGUACACGAUCGACUCAACAAACCCGAUGGUGCUGAACCAUCUGGCGAACCAUUUCUUCUUCAAAAAGGAUUACCAGAAGGUGCAGCAUCUCGCACUGCACGCGUUCCACAACACGGAAAACGAGGCGAUGCGGGCGGAAAGUUGCUACCAGUUAGCGCGCGCCUUCCACGUGCAGCGGGACUACGACCAGGCGUUCCAGUACUACUAUCAAUCGACUCAGUUUGCUCCCGUCAACUUCGUGCUUCCGCAUUUUGGACUCGGUCAGAUGUACAUCUAUCGAGGCGACUCGGAGAACGCUGCGCAAUGCUUCGAGAAGGUGCUCAAGGCUCAACCCGGUAAUUACGAAACGAUGAAGAUUUUGGGCUCGCUGUACGCCACUUCGUCAUCGCAAUCGAAACGUGACAUCGCGAAGAACCACCUGAAGAAGGUGACAGAACAGUUCCCGGAUGACGUGGAGGCGUGGAUUGAGUUGGCGCAGAUUCUCGAGCAAAACGAUCUCUCUGGAUCGCUGCAGGCGUAUGGUACGGCCACCAGCAUUCUCACGGAGAAAGUGAACGCGGACAUUCCGCCUGAGAUAUUGAACAACGUGGCAGCGCUGCACUAUCGGUUGGGCAAUCUGGACGAGGCGAUGUCCAAGCUGGAGCAGGCGAUCGAGCGGGCUAAGGUGGAAGCGCAACACGACGCUCAGUACUACGACUCGAUCUCCGUGUCGAUGAUGUACAAUCUCGCCCGGUUGUACGAGGCGAUGGCCGUGUUCGAUAAGGCCGACAAGCUGUACAAGGACAUCCUGAAAGAGCACCCGAACUACAUCGAUUGCUAUCUGCGGCUUGGCUGUAUGGCGCGUGAUAAGGGUCUGAUUUUUGUGGCGUCCGAUUUCUUCAAGGACGCGCUCAAGAUCAACAUGGAAAACCCGGACACGAGAUCGCUGCUGGGUAACCUGCAUCUGGCCAAGAUGCAGUGGACGCUGGGGCAGAAGAAUUUCGAGACGAUUCUGAAGAAUCCGGCCACGUCGAGUGACGCGUAUUCGCUGAUUGCGCUUGGCAACUUUUGGCUGCAGAGUUUGCACCAGCCGAAUCGCGACAAGGAGAAGGAGAAAAAGCACCAGGAAAAGGCACUCGCCAUCUACAAGCAAGUGCUGCGGAACGAUCCGAAGAACAUCUGGGCGGCGAACGGUAUCGGGGCGGUGUUGGCCCACAAGGGCUGCAUAAUCGAGGCGCGUGAUAUCUUUGCGCAGGUCCGUGAAGCCACGGCUGACUUUUGCGAUGUGUGGAUCAACAUCGCGCACAUCUACGUGGAGCAGCGACAGUACAUUAGCGCGAUCCAGAUGUACGAGAACUGUCUGAAGAAGUUCUACCGCCACAACAACGUCGAGGUGAUGCAGUAUCUGGCGCGGGCUUACUUCCGCGCGGGUAAGCUGAAGGAAGCGAAGAUGACACUAUUGAAGGCACGGCGUGUGGCCCCACAAGACACGGUUCUGCUGUUCAACAUCGCUCUCGUUCUGCAGCGCUUGGCGACGUUCGUGCUGCGUGACGAAAAGUCCGUGCUGAGCGUAGUGCUGCAGGCGGUGCACGAGCUCGGACUGGCGCACAAGUACUUCACGUACCUGUCGGCACAUGGGGACAAGACACGCUACAACAUUACGCUGGCCGAGACGGAGGCGAACCAGUGCCAGGAUCUGCUGCAGCAGGCCCAGUACCACGUGUCGCGUGCUCGAAAGAUCGACGAGGAGGAGCGCUCACUGCGCCAGAAGCAGGAGAUGGAGAUCGAGGAGUUCAAGCGUCGGCAGGCGGCCGAUCGGCGUCGUACGGAAGAGAUGCGCCGGAAGACGCACGAGGAGAUGUUGCUGAAGCGCCAGGAGUACAAGGAGAAAACGAAGAAUGCGCUGUUCUUUGCGGAACCAACACCCGAGCCCAAGAAGAAGGGUGGUCGUGGCCGGAAGGAUUACAUCUCCGAUUCCGACGCCAGCGGGGGUGGUGGCGAAGGCGGCAUGGGUGGCAGCGGUGGCGAAGAGGGUUCGGGUGUGGCGAAGGAGCGCAAACGCAAGGGCGAAAAGAAACCCCGCAAAUCGCAGUCUGGCAAUCGCAAGCGGAAGGACAAGAAUCGGCGUGGCAGUGGCGGCGAUUCGGACAGCGAGGAUGAUGAAGAAUCCGGGCGGAAGCGCAAGAAGAAGCCUGCGUCGGGUCAGAAGAAACGCCAGAAGACGUCGGACGAAGGUCUGUCGCAGAAGCAAAAGAGCCGUAUCCUGUCAAAGGCCACAGUAUCGACGAGCGAGUCCGAUAGCGAUGGAUCGCGUUCACGCUCACGCUCACGAUCCGGAUCGCGGUCCCGGUCGGGUUCGGGAAGCCGUAGUCGCAGCCGUAGCGCAGGAAGUCGCAAAAGUGGAUCUCGUAGCCGCAGCAGGUCCCGCGGCAGUGGCAAAGGAUCGCGAUCGAGGAGUCGCUCGGGAUCUGGAAGUCGCAGUCGUAGCCAUAGCCGCAGUCGUAGCCGUAGCCGUAGCCGAAGCCAGAGUGCUGGCAGCCGCAAAAGCGGAAGUCGAAGUCGUAGUCGCAGUGGUAGCCGGAACAGUCGUCGGUCGAGGUCACGAUCCGGAUCACGGUCGCAGUCACGCUCACGGUCACGGUCUCGUUCGCGCUCGGGCUCGGGCAGUAGGCAAGCCUCGCCAAUUUCACGCAAAUCCGUCUCGGGAUCGGAAUCGGAGUGAAUGGAAUUCCGAGGCGAUAAUUUCAACUGCAUCAGUAGGAUUUGUGAACAUUUUAUAUUAACGAUUACGGUAGCUAGUUAACAGAUUGGCAGAUGUUAC